AUGGGGAACCUUCUUAAAGUGUUGACUUAUAACGAACUUGACCAAGGCCCUAAUUUUUUCCUUGACUUUGAAAAUGCGCAGCCGACAGAGGCCGAGACGGCGGUGUGGAACCAGGUUAACGCCGUGCUGGAGGAGGCGCAGGCGGUCCUGGCCGAGCUGCAGUCCUACACAGGCGCUGGGCAGGAGAUCCGAGAGGUGGGUGCAGCCCCGGCGCCCACUGCCCACCCACCCACCGUGCACAGGAGCAGGAGGGGAACCAGCAGUGCUUUGUCCCCAGAGAACGCCCUGCGGAGCCUGCUGGAGGCCCUCACCAGCCCCCCGUACGCCCCAACCCAGCACCUCGAGCGGGAGCAAGCCUUAGCCAAACAGUUUGCCGAGAUCCUCCACUUCACCCUCAGCUUUGAUGAGCUCAAGAUGACCAACCCCGCCAUCCAGAACGACUUCAGCUACUACAGAAGGACCAUCAGCCGAAAUCGCAUUAACAACCUGCAGCUGGACGCGGAGAGCGAGGUGAACAACGAGAUGGCCAACAGGAUGUCCCUCUUCUACGCCGAGGCCACCCCCAUGCUCAAAACGCUCAGCAAUGCCACCACCAAGUUCGUUUCGGAGAACAAGACCCUCCCGAUCGAGGACACGACCGACUGCCUGAGCACCAUGGCCUGCGUCUGCAGGGUGAUGCUGGAGACGCCGGAGUACCGGAGCCGCUUCACCAACACCGAGACCCUCCUCUUCUGCAUGCGGGUGAUGGUCGGCGUCAUCAUCCUCUACGACCACGUCCACCCUGUGGGGGCCUUCGCGAAGACCUCCAAGAUCGAUAUGAAAGGCUGCAUCAAAGUCUUGAAAGACCAACCCUCAACCAGCACCGAGGGGCUCCUGAACGCACUGAGGUACACCACUCGGCACCUCAAUGAUGACACCACGUCCAAACAGAUCCGGGCCCUGCUGCAGUGAGCGCGGGGUGGCUGCCAGAGCCACCCCGACCUCGCGCACGUCACCGCGUCACCUACGCCCAUGACCAUACCGCUCAUUUUGUACAGAGGGAAAAGGGACAAUAAGAAAUACACAGAAAUACAGAAAAAAA